AUGGUCGGCCAACAGCAUGUGCGAAGGCCUUGGACAGAAGCGGCGACGAGUGCUUUUGCAGUCGCUAGCGCUCUACCGGCUAGUAUGAGCAGCGUGCAAAUCGCCGAACUAUUCGAACAGGUAGAACGCGGCGUUACAGAAUUACAAUGUGCACUCACAGCCGAAAUGUCGGCGCUGCGAAACGCGAGCGGCGAAUCGCUUCUCAUCGUCGCGUGUCGCGUCGGAAACACGCCGGUCGCCAAGCUAUUGGCCUCAUUAGACCAGGAUUCGAUUGAUGAGACCGAUAAUGAAGGCUGGAGUUCCCUUCUGAAUGCCGCCCAUGGUGGCUUCACCGACAUUGUUAGGAUAUUAUUAGAUAACGGAGCAGCAGUCGAUCAGCCCGAUCUGAUGGGAUGGACGCCUUUGAUGUGGGCGGUUUAUAAGAAUCAUCCCGAUAUUGUCGAUGUAUUAUUGAAUGCCAAAGCGCACGUGAAUGUGAUUGACGAUGAGGACGGAUUGACACCUUUGAUCCUGGCGUCUGGACGAGGAUUCUAUGCCAUCGUCGAGCGAUUAAUAGAAGCUGAUUGUCAAGUGAAUGCUUGCGACAAAUUUGGAAGCACUGCCUUGAUAUGGGCUUCUCGAAAAGGGCACCUUCCUGUUGUUCAGCAACUUCUCAAUGCUGGAGCUGAGGUUGAUGCAGUUGGAAUGUACUCGUGCACUGCUUUGAUGCUGGCAACUCGUGGAAAUUACUUGCCUGUCGUUGAUUUGCUGCUCACGCGCGAGCCGAAUGUGAAUGUCGCCGAUACGAAUGGUCUUACCGCUCUCGGAAUGGCCGCUAGAGAUGGUUACGCCGAGAUUUGCGAAUCGCUUAUCAAUUCCGGAGCAUUUGUGAAUCAAUGUGAUCGAUUUGGAAACUGGAUUUUAACGUCUGCCGUGAGAAGCGGAAACGCAUCGAUUGUCCGAAUGCUCCUUGAAAAGCAUGCUGACGUGAACUGUCAAGAUUCUGAAAAACGAACUCCAUUGCAUUUGGCGAUCGACAAAUCAUUCACUGAUAUCGCCUACAUUUUACUCGAGAAAAAACCGAAUUUGGAGCUGAAAAACAAGGACGGCGAGACCGCUCUUCUUCGCGCCGCAAAAUGCCGACAUGUCCAUUUGUGCACGUAUCUGAUCAGCGCCGGCGCGAAAUUGUCGGCGGUCGACAACUGUGGUGAUAAUGCACUUCAUUUGGCGCUUCGCGCGAGAUCUCGACGAUUGACGCAGGCGCUUUUGUCGAAUCCAUCCGAUUCUCGAUUGUUGUAUCGGCCGAACAAACUUGGGCAGACGCCGUACUCGAUUGAUUUGUCGAAUCCGCAACCGAUUCUGCCCCUUAUAUUCGGACCAAUCGAUGCGGAGGACAAAAUGGAGAAUGUGAUGGGAUAUGACGUUUACUCGAAUGUUCUCGCAGAUAUCGUUUGUGAGCCUUCGCUAUCACUUCCGCUAACGAUUGGAUUGUACGCGAAAUGGGGUUCCGGCAAAUCGACACUUCUCACGAAGCUCAAAGAAGCGAUGCAUUCGUUUUCUCGUGAUUGGCUCGACGGCGCCAAUUUGACGCUCACAUUUACGGUGUUCUUCGCGAUUCUCAUCUCGAUCACAAUGUUCACACUCACAUUAUCAAUGUUCAUAUCGAUAUUCAAAUCACUGCACGUUUAUAUCACAUUCUGGUGUGUCGCUGCUGCGAUAUUCGCGUUUCUUGUCAUUUUUAUUCUUGUCGUUUAUUACGGUGAUAAACAGGGAUGGAAUACGAGUAUGGAUUUGGCUCAGUACCUUGCGCGAACAUUCAAUCGUGUUCGUUUGAUAUUCAAUGUUCUCACACUAUAUGCGCCAAUUAAUAGCGAUAAUGACAACGCGAGUAUGCCUGUUAGUUUUCUCUUCGCCGACUAUCAUCGAUUAUCGUCGAUUGGCGGUGAGCAAGCACUUGCGAAAAUCGUCUCAACGUUAUUCGAAGCCGCCGAGACACAUUUCGGAGUGUUGCCGGUUCGACUCUUCUGCUCGAUGAAACCGCCCUAUCAAUACGUUGAUACGGGAUUCGGCUAUACAUCGGUGAUCAGCAAAUCAGCAUAUCAGCGCGGUUCAAAUUCCGACCAAGCUGGAAUUCAAGGGUCCCUCCGACGUCAUUGCGGUGUUCCCCACCUAUUCCUCAUCAUCCUAUCGCUUGGCCUUCUCAUCGGCGGCGAGAUCUUCAUGACACUUUGGCUGUUUUCGAAUCGAGAGCCCACCAAUCCGCACUUGUAUUUAGCCAUCGCGUUUUUCACCGGAUUCGUCAUGAUCGCCACCUAUCCGCUGUUCUUGAUGCUACGAUUCGCGUGGACCAACGUGCCGAGGCGGCGAGUGAACGCGGCGGCAAGAAACUCGCACAAAUUGCGUUUCGAAGGUCUGAUGCAGAAAUUGCAAACCGAGGUCGACCUUCUUGCUGAUCUCAUCCGAUCAUUGGAUGCGUUUACCAGGAGUCAUACGCGCCUUGUCGUCGUCGUCGACGGAUUGGAUAAUUGCGAACAAGAGCGAAUGGUCCAAACGCUGGAUGCUCUCGAGCUGUUGUUCUCAGCACGCAAACAUCGUCCCUUCAUCACGAUCAUCGCCGUCGAUCCGCAUGUCAUCGUGUCCGCCAUCAAUCACAACAUGCAUUCGGCGCUUCUUGGCACGGAGCUCACCGGUCAUGAUUAUUUGAAGAAUAUCAUCAGUAUGCCAUUCUAUCUGCACAAUUCUGCCCUUCGCCAACUCCAGACGAAGCUGAAGGAAAAGCGUGAGUCGAUGGCGGAAUGGAAAGAGCGAUUCAAACGGCAAGACACGUUCCAUGGUUCGGUUUUAUCUUUAAGAGAGGCCGAUGGAAGGCAGAGCAGAAAGAAAUCGACGGUUCCCGUCCAGAGUGUUGUGAAAAGUGGCCUUCCCGACGGCGUUCUUGGCGACGACUAUUUCUCGAAUAUGAAUCCGCGAGCUCUCAAAAGAAUAAUGAAUGCGCUGACACUGACUGGUAGAUUGAUGAGAGCUUUCGAAAUCGAUUUCUCGUGGAUGUCGUUGGGCCAUUGGGUCUCUUUGCUCGAGCAAUGGCCGAGCCGAAUGUGUUGGCUGAUUGAUAGGGCAUUGGAAGUGCACAACAAUCAGCUUCUUCUUGCCGAUGUCUACCAUCAGCUCAAAGACCAUAUUCCGGUGAAUGACGAGCUGAUUGCGCUCGACCGCAAUCCCGACAAUUUCGAGGCGUUUUUGAAUUCGACGAGCAUUCCGCCGGCGGAGCGGCUCACCGUCGGGCAUGUCAAGAAGUUUGUGCCGUGCACAAGCAACUUGGAUCCGUACCUACGAAAAUUGAUUCGCGAGCGAAGCAAAGGACUUGUCGAUAUUGAGGCGCAAGUGGGAAGUGCCGGUAUGGCGGUUCCACCGAAUGCCCGCCUUCUGUUCAAUGAUGAGCUCACGUGGAUGACGGUGAACUGCCCGUUGGUUGAGAUGAAGCUCGACGCAGUUGCGAAUCUUGUCAAGAAAUUGGACAUACCGCAUGCGCGUCUAGAAAAAAUCGUCGAGAAGAUUUAUUCGCUCAAUCUUUGCGGAUUGGUGCUAGCGACGUGUCCGAUUGCAGAACUCAAAGAAUCAAUGCAGCUUCCUCUCGGAGACUGGACAAUGAUGAAACUUCUCAUCGAGACCCUUAAGGUGUUUGGAAGCACGCCGCCGGGAUUGCGGGUGGACAAGCGAAAGGUGUUGACACUCCGCGAGGAAGACGAGGAGGAUGAUAUGGACGAAGCUGCGGAAGCGGCAGUCAACGCCGAUACCGAACGAGCGCCUUUGUUGGGUUCGGUGAAGGCCGAGCAGCGACGACGGAGCACGAUAGUGCAGAACGCGACAGAGCUGACGAUGGACCAUAAAUGGCUCAUGGAAAGCUUGUCGGGAAUGGAUUUGACGGAAACGGAAGGCGACGUCAACGGAAUGCAUUAUUCGCACUUCUCGUCGUCGGAUGCGCAAUCUCCUGGAGCUGAUCGUUUGACGCCGGCAUCGGUGUCCGCAGCACCAUCGGUUAGAUUUGAUGAUCACGUCAAUGAUUUGGAGCGUGAGGCUUCUGACGCGGACAGCACAAAAUCGCGAUACGACAGCAAAGAGAAUCUGCUGGAUGAGCGGAGCAGCGGAUCGCCGAAUCAGGCGGAUCUGAUUCGGUAUGAGAGCAAUGGAAGCGGUUUGAAUCGGUCGACGUAUCGAAAUACGUCGAAAUACCGUAGAAUGAGUAGAAGCGAGCUGAUGCGAGGAAUGCACCAGAAUGACACGAUUCGUGGAAGUGUCGACGCACAGAGCAGUCUUAUGAAUGACGAGGAUGAGGAGUACCAAUCAACUGUUCAGCGCCGCGGUGCCGAUGAUAUUGAGAGAAUUCAGCUUGAGAAGUUGUUCAACAAGCGAACCGAUUAUGAUUAA